AUGCCUCUCCCGGGAGUCCCCAGAGCCAUGACUGCAACUGUGCAGACGCUGCGGUUCAAGCUGCUGCCGCACGAGCCAGGCCAAAAAAAGCAGGAAAUCGAGCGUCGCUACCAGGUGGUGCCCUCAGUGGUGUGCGCCAUGUGCUGCCUCUUCGGCAUCAUCUACUGCUUCUUUGGCUACCGCUGCUUCAAGGCUGUCAUGUUCCUGACAGGGCUGAUGUUCGGCUCCAUCAUCAUCUUCAUGCUGUGCUACAAGGAGCGGGUGCUGGACACACAGCUGAGCGUGGAGGCCUCGGUGGGCAUUGGGCUGGGCAUCGGGGUCCUGUGCGGGCUGGUCACCAUGCUGGUGCGCAGCGUUGGCCUCUUCAUGGUGGGGCUGCUUCUGGGGCUGCUGCUGGCAGUGGCCACGCUGGUGGUGAUGGAGCAGUUCUACCACCCGCCGACGGUGUGGAUCCCCAUCGCACUGCUCCUGGGCGUGGGGAUGCUCUUCGCUGUCCUUACCCUGCAGUGGCAGCGCUUCUUCACCACCCUCUCCACCGCUGUCUUUGGCAGCGCCAUCAUGACCGUCACCGUUGACUACUUCAUUGAGCUCUUCCUCUUGGUGCAGUACAUUUAUGAACGCAUCAAGGUGGCCCCCGCUCGCCCUGUGUGCUGGUACAGCUGGGUCAUCCUGGGUGUCUGGCCGCUCCUCACCACGCUGGGUGUCCUGGUCCAGUGGAAGGUCACGGCUGAGGGCUACUCCCACACUGAAGUGAUCAUCAGCCGGCAGCAGCGCCGCGUGCAGCUGAUGCGCAUCAAGCAGCGGGAGGACAGAAAGGAGAAAAAGAAGAAGCGGAGACCCCACCACCCACCGCCCCACCAGCACAAAGCGCACCCACCCGAGC